UUCUUGGUUUGCUCGUGGGCUCCUCGGCUGCGGUGACCGGGCCCGGCGGGUUGUGGGUGUGGGGUCCGGCGGUGGUGUGACUUGGCAGCAUCCUAUCAGGCUUCAGCCUCCUCUUCUGGAAACACACACACACACACACUUGUGUCCUCGUUAUUCUCGUCGUCCGUUUCCACCACGGUGACGUCAAACUCGGCCUUUUGCUCCGGAGCCAGACCCACCUGUGGAAAUGUACAUUUGGGAGCUCAGAUCCGGAUCCAACGGUGGGUGGUUCACGCAGGGCACCCUCUGUCAUAUGGAGGCGGGUGGAAGAGGCCUCACCUCUGGCGCGAGCUCGCGCGUGCAGAGGCGGGACGCGGAACCGCGCUGCGCCUUUUCAUCAUCCAAAACAAAAAUCUUAAAUAAAAAUGUCAAUAUUUGUGUAAAGAAAAACACUGUCGUUUAUCUAUGUUUUUCAAUGUGUGUGCGUGGGAGUUCGACUUCCCGUGUGUUACUGUGGGCGUCCAUCCGGUGUGUGUCUCCGUGUGGUUGCGUCUUUUGUUAAGUGUGUGGAAAAGUUGUUUCAAGAUUCAAGAGGUUUAUUUGUCACACAUACACUUAUACGCGGUACAACGCAUGGUGAAAUUCUUGUGCGCCUUGUAUAGCGAUACCUGUGGGGACCAAUUCGAAGUUUAAGCUUCAAUUUGAGGACAAAAACUUAAAAAUGGGUUGGUCAUUAUAAUCGGUUUUGGACCGCGAUCAAAUUAGUUGGAUGUUCGACGGAUAUUCUUCACCAUAUGCUUCACCUUAGGCGGCGUUGUUCGGUCUGUUUCACCGGAAAAGCGGUCGCUCCUCUCGGAGGCGCUCUCUCACUAGCAGCAGUCGAAGUUAAGGGACCGUCCACAAGUUUUCAGUCGUGAAAUUGUCAUUAACUUCAGCGAAAACGUUUGCACUAUUUCUUCAAUAGCAUCUAGAAAAAGUGUUCAGAUGACUUCAGUGAUUGUAAGCUGUCACCAGACAUGUGACGCAUUAGAGACGGUAACUUUACUGUCAUGAUUUUGUUGUUGUUGAUAUAUUCAUUUUUCCCACUAUUUCUUCACUAGCGUUUAGAGAGAUGAAUCCAAAGUAAAUUAUACCGUUCAGAGUCCUGGUUAAGGUGAGCCAUUUGUUUUGGAUGGUUAGGUUUUGAGCGAGAGGCUGGGGGAAGAGUUAUGCAUAAAGAUUGGAAUACAAACGUGUGUGUACAUGCUCCAAGAGACACAUUACUAUUUCAUUUGUUUUGUUUUUGUCGACAGUGUCUUAGCGUGCUUCAUGUUUUGUGAGUCGGUGUGUUUUGGUGUGAAAGACUGUGCUGCUGUGUGGUUGGUGUGUGUUUAUUCAUAUAGGUGUUAUUGUUGUGGACUGUUUUUUAUUCUUUUUUUAUCAAAAAAUCUGAUACUAUAAAUUAAAUUUUCACGUGACAAGCAGCUGUUAGUUCUGAUGCGCGAACAUGGCCACCAAUGUUUUUUGGGUCAGUGGGUUCUGCUCUAAUUUCAUACUGAAAAUAAGGAAACAGAAAAUUUAAAAUUGUAUUUUUUUUCUCCCCAAAUAAAAGACCAGAGGACCAGAAUGUAUCGCUCCAGGCUUCUGGCUCAACCUUUCUCCGCUUCACCUAAGUUUGUCUGUGCCAGAUUAGCCGAGGACCAGGUUGAGGUUUUUGUUGUAACAAGGUCACGGAUCAACUUCAGCACCGCAGCAAAUGGGUGCAGCCGACCCUCCCCCCCCCGCACCCAUCCAUCAAUGGUCAAAGAGCCUCUUAUGUGCGAUUAUAUAAUGCACUUUUUCUGGACACAACAUGUGGCUUGAGUGUGCGUCUCUUCUCAGCCCCUCAGCCUCAUGUCGCUGACCCCCAUCGUCCCCCGUGAGUGCAGGAGGAGCACAGGCUGGAGGUGGAGCUGGCCUCCUCACCUGAAAGCAUUCUUUGUCAGGAGCUGCCUUAUAAUUCCCUCUCGGACGCAGCAGGCUCCUCCAGACCUGAUCCUCCGACGCCGACCAUGACACCCGCCAUCACCCUGCUGCUCCUGGCGGCCUCACUCUCCGCAGCGCUGGCCCAAACCAGCAACAGCGACAGCAAGCCGCGUGCCAACUGGGACGAGCCCAUCCGCUUCAACACCAAGUCCAAAGACGCCUGCACCAUGGUGGUGACCCCGGCCGGGGACCUGACCCGUCUGCGGGUCUCCUGCAAAGGCCAGGACCCGGCUCUGUCUUACUACUGCGACUUCCAGGGGAGACCCAACCUGUGCCGGCCGUACACCAACAACCCUCGCCACUACUUCACCCAGCUGAGCUGGGAGCUGAGGAAGCUGAGCCACGCCUGCCAGGGGCCCAAAAUCCUCCGCCCGUUCAUGUGCAAGAGGUUCUCAGACGAAGCCCAGAUGACCUUCCUGACCUCCUGGCCCAAGUCGGCGACUCUUAAACCGCUCAAGUCCGGCCAGGAGACCCGCAAGCCGGUGGCGGUGCCGCCUCAACCCAAGCCAGCUGCUACUGCCAAACCAGCCCGACCUCAGCCAGUCAGACCCGCAGCGGGCAAAGGCCCCCAGGUCAAGAAGACCACUCCCAAGCCCGCGAAGACCACUACCGCCCGACCCUCGGAGGUCCCGGAGAGCGAGGCCUCCCGCCUGGCCAAUGAGUACUGCUGGAAGAGCUUCCAGGGGAUCUGCAGCUACGUCAUCGGCUGGUUCCAGUGAGGAGGAGGGAGAAAGAGUCCAGACGUUCAGAGCUGGAGACACUGAAGCGUCCGGCCUUGGAGUGAGGCUCAACACUUCAAAUGAUAAAGGACUUGUGCGGCUGGUGAUUGUGUUUGUUACGUGAUGUUAUGAGAAUAAAACCAUAAAG